UGCAAUGUCAUUAAGGAGUUCAAGAAGUCAAUCUAUCGAUCCAUUUUAUUAUUAUCAGAAAAAUAGCAAGGCAUCUUCUGCUGAUAAAAGAAAGGUUGAUAAAGGUUCGGUUGAAGACAGUAAUAUCAACGAUCAAAGUAUUAAAAGGAGAAAAUUAUUUGAGAAUGAAAAUUAUGAUUAUCUUACGAAAGAAAUCGAAUUAGAUAUUAACGCAAAUAUGAGUCAACAACAACAUAACGAAUAUGUUACCAAGGAAUUUGAUAUAGAUAUUAAUAAUAUUGAUGAGUCAAAUUUAUAGUAUUAAUUUUUAUAUUAACUUGUGGUUGUAGUGUAGUCUAACCUUACAUUAUAAAAGUUUGGGUUAGUUUUUCUUUUCUCCAUUUUUU